AUGGACCGCCCAUCGUGGAACGACACGCUCCGUGCUGCAGUCUCAUCAUGCUGUGCAUCCAUCCCCUGCUUCCCCCGCCGGUCCAGCCCCGCUGACGACGCGGACGGCCAGCAGCACUACGCCCCCCUCGGGCCCGACUGGAGCAUCGCCGCGCGGCGUGCACGGGCUGACGAACUCGAGGGGCUGCUACGCGACGAGGACAGGCAUCAUGGAGACGGGGCUGACAUAGACGCUGCGGCGGAUGCUGACGCUAUCAGUCUGCACUCGCAUCUGGGUCCGCGUGGCCGGGCACGUGUCCCGCCGCGGACGCCCCGGCACAUCUCCCUUUGGGGCUGGAAUCUAUUUGGGGUGGGCAGGAAGCCCGCGAGCGGGGGCGUGCAGCUGCCGGCGGGCAGCGCGGAUCCGCUGCACCGCGCAGAGGGCAGCGUGCGCCGGAGGGACUCGGAGGAGUCGACCGCGGCGCUGUUGUCGCGUGCGGCGAUGGACCCGACUCCGGAGACGCUCACCGAGGAUCAGGUCGAACGACGGGCGAGGAGGAAGGCGAGGAAGGAGAUGAAGAGACUGGCUAGGGCCCUGAGGGAAAGCGGGGCUUCUUCUAACCAGCUUCUCUUCGACGCAGACGAAUCCCCCGCCGCGUCGCCUGAUCCACGCGAUCUCUCUCAUCAAUUCAUGCCAACGCCCCAGAUGGUGCCGCAUGUCGAUGAAGAUCCGGAAGGGGAGGCAGAUCUGGAUGGCGCAGUCUACGCUCGCGCGGCUCCCCGAGCGUCCCUGAAUGGCUCGCAGUCCCGCUCCAGCGGCCGCAGCUCGACAUCAGGCUCCGGCUCCAUUCCCUACUCCCCGUCUCCGUUGUCGGGCUUCGCCAGACACUCACUACAGCCACCCCCGCCCAAGGCUCGCAAGACGAAGAGCAAGAAGUCCAAAUCCAGUGCGACGUCAUCCACGCUUGGCCCCGAGUCGCCCACUUUCGGCGCGUUCGUCGCUGCCCCAUCCAAAACAUUCGAUGGAACGCCAGGCGAAUUCGACGGAACCCCUGGUGGCUUGGACGACGGUUUCGAUGGCACGCCGGGGAGCCUGGCUUCACCGGAUGGUACGCCAGUGUUGCCAUGGGAAGCCUUUCCUCGGGAGGCCAUGCCAAGUCCGGGGCUGUCUAGGCCAGCUAACCGCGCCCGUAGUUCAAGCGGCGCCUUCCUUGCGAAUAUGAGCUGA